UUCUGUGUGAGCAAAAGUCUCUGCCCUGUAACUGUAUCUCCCAACAAAUGACCAACACAUGAUGCAAAUGUUUAUUUUCACUGUCACGCUCCUGAUUGGUCAGUGUUGUGUGUUGUGGACAUGCUGUACACUUCAGUCUCUUGCAGCAGAUCCGGAUCCAUGUGUUGUAUUUAAACACAACAGAAAAGAUGAAGGCGUGAGAGGGGGGAAAACACAAGACAUGUCUCCUGUCGAGAGGACCAAGCUGCUCCUCUUCUUCGCGCUGUUCUCUGGAGUUGUUGGAUUUCUGCUCAUGCUGCUCUCCUGUGGGACAGAGUACUGGCUGCUGGCUGCCCAGUCCUGCAGAGACGAGGCUCUCGAUGAGGUGACGAUGUUUCACGAGGGCCUGUUUUGGCGCUGCUCCUUCACGGCCUCUUCCCUCCAGUACUCCACGUGGGGCCUUUUGAUCUCAAAUCAGCCAUCAUCAAAGAUCUGCCAGGCUGCUUUCCUCUUCCCAUUCCCUGUGAACGAGCCUGCGAGAGAUUUGGUGGAGCGGCACAGUUUCCCCAAAGAACCAUACGAGCAUCCGUCUGCCAUCGUUUUCAGGACUUUCUGGAGCAUCUUUCUCGUCGCUGGUGUCGCAGCUGUCGUCACGGGUGAGUUUGUCGUGAUCUGUGCCGGCCCACUCACCAAUCACAGACUCUUCAAAGCAGGCGGGACUCUUCAGCUUUGUGGCGGUGUGUGUCUGCUGGCUGUAGUGUUGAUGUAUCUGCUGUGGGUCCAGGUCCUGGAUACUCUGGAGCAGUUUGCCCUCCACCAGAGCCUCUCCAGCUGCCCGUCCUUCCAUCUCAGCGUGGAGCACGGUCCCUCCUUCCUCCUGGCUCCGGCCGCGGUCUUCUUCUGCCUGCUCGCGGGUCUGCUCUCCGUCCUGGUCGGUCAGAACGUUCAACGUGACGGGAAGAAACACAACAGCAUUCCUGACAUUUAAAUACCCGUGGUUUGUCUUUUUCCUUCACUGAAACUUGAACUUUUCAAAGGCGAUGACGGAUUUUUCCCCUUUUUUUUUUUCCAUCAGUAAAAGAUAAUUGGUAUCCUUCUCCAGAAAUUGGUCAUUAUAAAUGAUUUUUCUAAUCUAUUUAACAGAUCCCAUUGUGAUUAAUACCCAGAUAUACUCACUCUCAUUUGAUUAUAAGUGAUGUAUCAGUUUUGACAAAAGUGAAGCGUGUGUGUCUGUGUGUGUGUGUGUGUGUGUUGAAGGAUUGAGGAGAUUGAGUGUGAGCGCGCCUGCCUGUCAGCAGGACAUCAGGUUGAAGCCGUGGGUCAGAAGGAUGGAGAUAAUAAUAAAUUAGACUGUCAUAAUCCA